AUGAAGGACACGCCGCUGUCCAACUGCGAGCGGCGCUUUCUCCUCCGCGCCGUGCAGGAGCGGAAGCGCCUGGACGGGCGGCAGUGCUACGACUACCGCAACGUGCGCAUCUCCUUCGGUGCUGACUACGGCUGCUGCAUCGUGGAGCUGGGCAAGACCAGGGUUCUUGGACAAGUCUCGUGUGAGCUCGUGCCCCCCAAGCCAAGUCGGGCCACGGAAGGUAUCCUUUUCGUCAAUCUUGAGCUCUCACCGAUGGCAGCACCCGCUUUUGAGCCUGGCAGGCAACCUGAACUGCUGGUGAAACUGAACAGGCUGAUAGAACGCUGCCUGAGAAACUCCAAGUGUAUAGAUACGGAGUCUCUCUGUGUCGUUGCUGGUGAGAAGGUUUGGCAAAUUCGUGUGGACCUGCACCUGUUAAAUCAUGAUGGGAACAUCACUGAUGCCGCUUGCAUAGCAGGAAUUGUAGCUUUGUGCCAUUUUCGCAGACCAGAUGUAUCUGUGCAAGGAGAGGAAAUAACUGUGUACACCCCGGAGGAGCGUGAUCCUGUCCCUUUGAGUAUCCAUCACAUGCCUAUUUGUGUCAGUUUUGCCUUCUUCCAACAAGGGACCUACUUAUUGGUGGAUCCAAGUGAAAGAGAGGAACGGGUAAUGGAUGGUUUCCUUGUAAUUGCCAUGAAUAAACACCAUGAAAUUUGCAGCAUGCAGUCUAGUGGUGGAAUUAUGCUGUUACAGGAUCAGAUUCUGAGAUGCAGCAAAAUAGCAGCUGUAAAGGUUGUGGAAAUAACAGAACUUAUUCAGAAGGCUUUGGAGAAUGAUCAGAAAGUUAGGAAAGAAGGUGGGAAAUUUGGCUUUGCAGAAUCUAUACCAAAUCAGAAGAUCACUGCCUUCAAAAUGGAGGGAGCUGCUGUUGAUACUAAGGAUGUGGAAGAGCAAGUGGAAGAAAUCAUCACUACGGCUGAUCCUCCUUCCGAAAUUUUCACCCAACCAAUACUGCACACCCCUGGGACAGCCCAAAUUGGGGAAGGAAUAGAAAAUGCCUGGGGAGAACUAGGAGAAUCCGAGAAGGAAGAAGCUGAAGAUGACGAGGGUGAAACUGAUGCUACUGCUUUUGAAUGGGAGAAAACURAAGUGGAGGAUACCACUGUUACAAACAAGGCUGAGAAAGAUGAACCUAUUGUCUUGUCUGAUAGCGAAGAGGAAGAAGUUGUCAUUCUGGAACCACAGGCUCCACCAAAGAAAACAAGAACACAACCCAACUUGAAACAAGAAAAUACGAGUAAGAAAACAUUUAACAAAAAGAGAAAAAAGAAGAGUCGCUCAUKAAAGUGAUCACCUGCCCUUCAGAACCACUGUACAAUACAGAAUUUGUCUAUUGUUACUGACCUUAUUUUUGUAGAUAACUUCCCUUGCUUCCCAACUCAGGUCUGCUUCCAUAUMUAUUUCACAUAUUGGUACACAUUUAAAAUAAAUCAAGUUUUGUAUAAAUUCAGUUCUCUGGUGGUAUCCUGUUCAACUGACUCAAGUUACUUGAGUUGUACAAACAGGAGAGCGUGCCAUCUCAGCAAAACAGUCCCAGCAACAACUUAAACGUGUAUAGAUA